AGAGUCUAUAUUAAAGUAUUUUACAAAUGGUUGACAAUAACUUAUAAUUUAUUAAGAGUUCAAAGAACUUGCUUCUCCUUAUAUCUGUUUUCUCUCUAUCUCGCUGUCUCUCGACAUAAUAGUACAUCAUUCAAUUCUCUAAUAGGACAUGUAUAUCGAAAUAUUUCCGCAUUUCAAUUCAUGAAGAUGUUAUUUCGCGAGGUAUUAUUUCGUGAGAUAUUAUUUCGCAAGUUGUACGUAUGGAUAUUACAAUAAUAACGAAAAUAGAUAUGAAGGAUAUGUAACGAACAGUAUCAUUAUCAGAAAGUCUCGAGAUAUUCUAUAGACAUUCCGAGUUUCUCUCCCCCUUUCAAAAUCGGCUUAAUCAUUUUCAUUUGAGAUGCGACGAGUGUUGAGACAAUGCUUGUAAAAAUUAUAUAAACAGUUUAAAUAAAUUUAAAAGUGAAAGGUUGAAUGUAAACAGGCUCAAAUGCGGGUGCUGGAAUUUACACUCCUAGUCUGCUCAUUUACUGGAUGUUGGCAACCGAAUUCGUGGACAUCGUUAUUUAAACAUAUAAUUUAUAAAACAUACGCAAUGUUUCUUGUCUCGGCAUUAUAUAUAUUUUCGUUCUCCCAAUUUAUGAACAUCAUGCUGAACGUCGAGAACUCUGACGAGUUCACCGAUUCUUUAUACAUGAUGUUGACCGUAUUUGUCGCAGGCUAUAAACAAGUUUAUAUGUGGAUAGAUCGCAAAAAUAUUAUGAUGAUAAUCAACCUUUUUUACGAAAAACCUUUUGCAGCAGGCGACACACGCGAACUUAUGAUUCAACAAAAAUUUGAGAAAAUAGUAAAGAAUAGCACAUUACGAUACUUGAUGGUCAUUUUGUCGGCAAUUAUAUCAAUAAUUGUGACGUCUGUAUUUACGGCAUUUAUGAGUAAAAAUUUGACGUAUAAAGCAUGGGUGCCGUUCAAUUAUUCGCAUCCUGUUUUAUACUUUCUUGUUUACUGUCACCAAUUGAUAGGCAUGGCAACCUCCGGUAUAGUAAACGCCGGUUGCGAGGGCAUGAUUUGCGGUCUUUUAUUACACCUUUGCUGCCAGCUUGAAAUUCUGGAAUAUCGAUUGACAAAAAUGGCAGAUGACGAAAACAUUCUGCGUGACUGUGUUUAUCAUCACAACCGUAUCUUUGAAUGUGCGUACACAGUAAAUAACAUGUUCGCGAAAAUAAUUGGUCUCCAGUUUGCGGUGAGCAUGUUGGUGUUAUGCUCAAAUUUAUAUCGAAUAGCAAUGACAACGGAUUAUGUGAUCUUUCUUUCAUUGAUGACGUAUACAAGUGCCAUAUUGUCGCAAAUCUUUAUUUAUUGUUGGUUUGGAAACGAACUCAAAGUGAAAAGCCUUCAGUUGGCGAGUAAUGUUUUUAAUGUAAAGUGGUCAGGACUUAGCAAUAGCAGCAAGAAAGGCCUUUUAAUAAUCAUGAAGCGUGCAACUAUUCCUAUUGAAUUUAGUAGCGCGCACAUAAUUACGAUGAAUCUCGAGUCAUUUGUAGCUUUACUUAAGAUGUCAUACUCAGCUUUCAACUUGUUGCAUCAAACGCAAGAAUAACGUGAUAAACAGAAGUUAUUGUUCAUACUUAACGUGUUAUAAAAUCACGUACAACCCAUCAUAUUUAAAUACAGGAUCCAUACCUCAUUAGUAUUGACUAGAUAAUUUUCACGAGACUGAGAUACAAUUCUUAUGGAAAUUUUCAUGGACGUUAAUUUCGGUAUUUGAAAAGAUAUUAAACAUUUUAAAGAAAGAUAUAAAA